UUCAAAUCGGGAACGCAUUCAGUUCAGGGCGUGACGGUUCCUUUUCUUGAAAAAUAAUCUAUCUGUGGUAGAAAAAGAUCCUUAAACUUUCAACAUGUGCGACGACGAUGCUGGAGCUCUCGUAAUCGAUAAUGGGUCUGGAAUGUGCAAAGCUGGAUUUGCGGGUGAUGAUGCUCCUCGAGGAGUGUUUCCAUCGAUCGUAGGUCGUGCUCGUCAUCAGGGAGUGAUGGUCGGUAUGGGAAACAAGGACUCUUACGUUGGUGAUGAAGCCCAAUCGAAGCGUGGUAUUCUUACCCUGAAAUACCCGAUCGAGCAUGGCAUCAUCACCAACUGGGAUGACAUGGAGAAGAUCUGGCAUCAUACCUUCUACAACGAACUCCGUGUUGCUCCUGAAGAACAUCCGGUUCUGCUGACUGAGGCUCCACUGAACCCCAAGGCUAAUCGCGAGAAGAUGAUUCAAAUCAUGUUUGAAACAUUCAACCUUCCGGCAACGUAUGUCGCAAUCCAGGCCGUCAUGUCCCUGUACGCUUCCGGUCGUACCACUGGUAUCGUUUUGGAUUCCGGCGAUGGUGUCUCGCAUACGGUGCCUGUAUACGAGGGUUAUGCUCUUCCUCAUGCCAUUCUUCGUCUGGACUUGGCUGGUCGUGAUUUGACCGAUUACCUGAUGAAGAUCUUGACCGAGCGUGGCUACUCUUUUACAACAACCGCUGAGCGAGAAAUCGUUCGUGAUAUCAAGGAAAAGCUUUGCUACGUCGCUCUGGACUUCGAGCAGGAAAUGGCCACUGCAGCCGCUUCCACUUCCCUCGAGAAGUCCUAUGAACUUCCUGACGGUCAGGUCAUCACCAUUGGUAAUGAGCGUUUCCGUGCUCCAGAAGCUCUCUUCCAGCCUUCAUUCCUGGGUAUGGAAUCUUGCGGAAUUCACGAAACCGUCUACAGUUCUAUCAUGAAGUGUGACGUAGAUAUUCGUAAGGAUCUGUACGCCAACACUGUUCUGUCCGGUGGCACCACCAUGUAUCCAGGUAUUGCUGAUCGUAUGCAGAAGGAGAUCACCGCUCUUGCGCCAUCGUCAAUCAAGAUCAAGAUCAUUGCUCCCCCAGAACGUAAAUACUCCGUCUGGAUCGGUGGAUCCAUCUUGGCCUCGCUGUCUACCUUCCAAGCCAUGUGGAUCUCGAAGCAGGAAUAUGACGAAUCUGGCCCAUCCAUCGUUCACCGCAAGUGCUUCUAAGCCUGAUCAAAAUUUUCGUUCUGAACCAGAGUAUUAUGUUGUCCUGUAAGAGUUACUCAUAGAAAUUUAAAUAUUAUGUAGCGCUCCUUCCAAAGUAUUAUGGUUCCCCGCUCUUUAAUUGUAUUCGUUAAGUUUUA